AUGAAGAAACGCAAAAGCGAGAACCUCGGGAAGCUCAUGACCAACCUGAGAACCACCCACCCUCACUUUGUGCGCUGUUUGAUUCCCAAUGAGAGCAAAACACCCGGUGUGAUGGAGAACUCACUGGUCAUCCACCAGUUGCGCUGUAACGGGGUGCUGGAGGGCAUUCGGAUCUGCAGGAAAGGGUUCCCCAGCAGGAUCCUCUACGGGGACUUCAAACAGAGGUACAGGAUUCUGAAUGCCAGUGCCGUUCCCGAGGGCCAGUUCAUGGACAACACGAAGGCUGCUGAGAAGCUGCUCGGCUCCAUCGAUGUGGAUCACACGCAGUACAAGUUCGGACACACUAAGGUUUUUUUCAAGGCCGGUCUCCUUGGAGCUCUGGAGGAGAUGCGUGACGAGCACUUAGCCCACGUGGUCACCUCCACCCAGGCCCUGUGUCGGGCCUACGUGGUCCGCCUGGAGUACCAGAAGAUGGUGUCCAGAAGGGAGGCCAUCUACACGGUGCAGUACAACAUCCGCUCCUUCAUGAACGUGAAACACUGGCCCUGGAUGCGGCUCUACUUCAAGCUCAAGCCUCUGUUGAAGAGUGCCGAGUCGGAAAAGGAGAUGGUCCAGAUGAAGGAGGACUUCACCAAGCUCAAGGAAGACCUGGCCAAGUCUGAGAACAAGCGGCGGGAGAUGGAGGAGAGAAUGGUCUACUUUGUGCAGGAGAAGAACGACCUCGUCCUUCAAGUCCAAUCAGAAGGGGCCAACCUGCUAGAGCGCUAGGAGCGCUGUGAGAACCUGAUCCAGGGCAAGGUCCAGAUGGAGGCCAAGCUGAAGGAGGUGUCCGAGCGGCUGGAGGACGAGGAGGAGGUGAACGCCGAGCUGACCGCUAAGAAGAGGAAGCUGGAGGACGAGAGCGCCGAGCUGAAGAAGGACAUCGAUGACCUGGAGCUCACUCUGGCCAAGGUGGAGAAGGAAAAGCACGCCAUAGAGAACAAGAUGAAGAAUCUAACAGACGAGAUCAUGAGUCAAGACGAGAACUUGGUGAAGCUGACCAAGGAGAAGAAGGCCCUGCAGGAAGCACAGCAGCAGACCCUGGACGACCUCCAGUCAGAGGAGGACAAGACCAACACACUGACCAAGGCCAAGGCCAAGCUGGAACAGCAGGUCGACGAGUACUAG